AUGGUUUUGUUUCCAAAGAGUGGUUUUGGACGAUUUCUCUUAGGAGUUAUUGUUAUUGGAACAAUAUCAUAUAUGACACUUAAUUUAGUUUCAUUUGCUGGAACACCUUGGAUAACAUAUAGUGAUGUUCCAAUUCAUUUUGGUCUUUGGAGAGUUUGUGAUAUAUCAGCACCAGGUCUUUGUAAUCAAUGGCCAGAUAAAAAUUAUUCAUCAAAUAAUACAAGAGUUACAUUUGGAUCAAAACCAGGUUUUAUUACAAGUGUUCAACCAUUAGAAAUUAUAUCUUUAAUAUUUUAUGUAAUUGCUGCUGUUCUUAUUAUAUUAGGAAUAUUAAAUUUAGAUGGAAUGCCAUAUUAUAUUAUGUUUAUUGCUGCUGCUAUUCUUUUAUUUAUUUGUAUUACAUUUUUAUCAGCAACAUUAGGUGUUAUGUCUGUUCAAGGUAGACGUGGUCAUAUACUUGCACGUCUUGAUUGGGCAUGGUGGAAUGGUCUUGUUGGUCUUAUUAUGACAAUUAUUACUUUUUUGGCAUUAAUUAUACUUGUUCUUGAUAUGAGAUAUUCAGCAGUCAAUAAAGGAGCAUCAAGAAAUCAAAGAAGUGGAAAACAACAAAAUCUGUGGAGUGGUCCAAUUCCAUCUGCUUAUCCAAUGAGUGGAGGAGGUUCACCCCAAGUCUUAGGAAUUAAUGCUAUUGUUAAUCAGCCAUAUAAUUAUGCGCCUUAUCAUGCACCUGCUCCUCCGCAAUAUCAUCCACAAGAAAAUUAUUCACAGUAUCAACAUCCACCUUCACCUCCACCUCAACCGCAAUAUCAGCCACAAUAUCAACCACAAUAUUCUCAAUCAGAUCAUCAUCAUUAUAAUAAUUAUGAUCCAAUGGCAGCUUAUGGUGGACAAUCUCCAGCUGAACAAUAUUUUAAUACUCAGCAAGCUGCUCCAAUUAUUUCAGCAUUAGCUCGUCAAUAUGUAUUUGAUAUACAUGAUGCUCAAUAUCGAGAUGAAUUACUUAAUCCUUAUCGACAAUAUGCUCAUGAUCCAUAUAUUAUUAAUAAUUAUCUUUAA